AUGUCAAUACCCGGUAGCGGCAAUCCACCGCCUUCAUCGCCGUCCGCGAGACAUUUUGUCCAGUCCUCGUCUCGAGAUGCUUCACCUACAACCCCCACCUACGCUGAACAUCUCAAACGCUAUUACACACUCGAAGAAGUGCGACAUUGGACGGAAAAUCGAGUGGCAGAAUGGCUGGCGCAACAGAAUUUGGGUCGCUUCGCAUCCAAGUUUAUCGAUAACGAUAUUACAGGUGCGAUACUACUGGAAUUAGAUUAUGAAGCCCUCAAGGACAUGAAGAUAAAAACCGUGGGCGAACGCGUGCGAAUACUCGUGGCUGUCAAAACCCUGAGACAGGAUUGUUAUGCCGCGGUGGCCAUGGCCGCUCGAGCAAAAAACCCGUUGAUCAACGAGCAACAAAGGAUCGAUUAUCGAUCUCCUUAUAUAUCGAGUGUAUCGAUUCCCGUACCGUCCACGAUUAUGUAUAGUUCGCCUUCCCUACAUCUCGAAAGCCACAGUAAACAUGAAGGCUUCAACAUCACCCCUCACACCGAUAAAACCUCUAAAUCAUCCGAAACCAAAGGAAUCCUGAAUCGAUCAAAUUCAUUUUCCAGAUUCUUGGGUCGCGUGGAUUCAAAAAAAUCGCAGCGCGGUUCACCGCAAUCAAGCAACAGUAGCUCGCAAGACGUUCCGGUCAUGCCGCCCAGUCCUCGCAAUUUACAAAAGCGGAAUUCUUUGGAAGGAGGUAUAAUGUCUAUGGAGAAAGUGAAACAGACAUGCGUUAAAGUAUUCGGAGAAGACGGGCAAACACGUAUCGUGAAUGUGCAUAAUGCAACGGAAGCCAAGGCCAUCAUGGGCAAGGUGCUACACAAGUUCGGUAUCGAGGAGACAAAUGCUGAUAGUUACUGCAUAUUCGUUGGAUCGAGCACGAACGGAGAGGCGCGUGCAUUGUCGGAUGCGGAAUUAACGGAAAUCUGUCGAUCGGUUGACCGUCCAGAAAAGGAACGACUCAUUUUGCGAAAGCGCCACCAAUACCCAACCCACGAAGAAUUCAAAAGAAAAGGGACCAUCAAUGCCCGAAGACAGCUACAACGUGCAGAAUCAGACGCUAUGUCCAACUAUAGCCAGUCCAUCAAAGAACCCACACUAGCAUACCAUGGUUGUCUGCCCGACAAGCAGAUGACCUUAGAUAUUAUCACAGGUGCAUCUGCGAACCAUGCUUAUCAUCCAAUAUCACCAUUGUCGACUCGUCAUCCUCAUCUUCCUAAACAGUACCAACAGUACCCUUCCGACCCUCAUCAUGAAACCAAUCGAUCGAUGCCCUCGCAUUCCCAAAAUAACCCCAAAGUAAAACGAUUUUUUGGCGAACGUCCACCUUCCGAAAUCAUUUCAUCCAAUCUGCCAUCCUUCUUUCCUAACCAUAAACGUGAAGCCCUUGAAACGGCUGGCAUGAACGCAAAACGCAUGUCUGUCACACCAAGAGCUACCGGAUCCACCCGUCGUGAUACCCGUCACAGUUCUCGAAACAGCGUCUUACCCGAACUGGUCUCAGUUCUGGGUGUCGAUCUGGAUAAAUUUCUCGAAGAGGAAGAGGAAGAAGACGGAGAAGUGGAAGAAGAGGAAGACGGAGAUGUUCAACAAGAUCAAGACAAUGACAGUGAUGACAGCAACAAUAAAAGCAUAGCGCAGACAGAAAAGAGUGGCAUUCAGGUGAAAAGCGGGGAUGCGUCAUCGACUGCUCCAAGAGAAACGUUAUCUGAAGAUGAAAAAGAUCUCGGGUUCGGCGCAAACGAUAAUGAUGGUGAUAAAUCAGGUGCAGACACUUUAAGCUAUGAAAACGUAAUACAGCGACGAUCUUCCAGCUUACUGCAUCUCAGCGGCGCAAAGUCCAAGCCGACAAAGAAAUCAGAAGACAAAGAAGCUGACGCAAAGACGAGUGAAACAGAAAAGCAGCAAACCCCACAGAUAUCAGAAGAUACGCCCCUUUCUUGGAUGAAAGGUUCUUUGAUUGGACGGGGCACAUUUGGUGAUGUGUAUCUUGGACUGAAUCCUUUGAACGGUGCAUUGAUGGCAGUAAAACAAGUGGAACUCCCUGUGGAAAAUUCUGCUACCGAAGAACGUAAAAAGUCCAUGGUAGAAGCUUUACGACGGGAGAUUUUCCUGCUCAAAGAAUUGCAGCAUGAAAAUAUUGUUCAAUACUUAGGGUCGCAAACGGAUGAUGCUCAUUUCAGUAUUUUCCUGGAAUAUGUGCCUGGAGGAUCCGUGGCAGGACUUUUGGCUAGUUAUGGCGCUUUCCAAGAACCUCUAGUGAAAAGCUUUGUUCGACAGAUUCUGAAAGGAUUACAUUAUCUUCACGGCAAAGAUAUCGUUCAUCGUGAUAUCAAAGGAGCUAAUGUGCUAGUCGAUAACAAGGGAGGCGUAAAAAUUACCGACUUCGGCAUUUCAAAGAAAGUGGAAGAAGGCAUUAUGCGAUUAUCUGCCGUAUCUUCUUCCCAUCGGCCCAGUUUACAGGGUUCAAUAUUCUGGAUGGCACCCGAGGUGGUGAAACAGACUCAGUAUACACGAAAGGCGGAUAUAUGGUCUCUGGGUUGUAUGAUGGUGGAGAUGUUCACAGGCGAUCAUCCUUUUCCUGAAUUUUCUCAAAUGCAGGCCAUCUUCCAGAUUGGAAGUUACAUCGCACCCAAUAUCCCCGAACACAUCAGCGAUGCCGCCAAAGACUUCUUGCAGUGUACCUUUAAAUUGAAACAUGACGAAAGACCAACAGCAGGCCAACUCUUGGAGCAUCCAUUCUUGUAUAUUGCCGACGAAUAA